AUGACGCCGACCCUCCUCGGCCAGCCUUGCCCCCUCCUCCCCCACCCCGUCCCUCCCCGAAAGGAGCCUCGUGGCAACUCGGGUGAUGAAACACCGGGCAACGGGCGGCCACGCACUCGGGACGCGCUCCGCGGCGACGGCCGCGGUUCUCCGCCCAGGCAACUUCCCCGCAUUCCCGAGCGGACCGAGGUGGAUCCGGAUCCCGCCGCCCCCAAGCUCCGAGUCACCUUCCCUAUCACUCCAUCCCGCCUCCCCGCCUGCACUCCCGAGGGCUGGUCAGCGGAGCGGAGCGACGCCGCACGCAGGGAGCGGGGAGAGCGGCCCUCGUCCUUGUCGCCGUCGUCCUCCGCCACGGCCGCAAUGCCGGAGACAGAGCUGGCUGGGGCCGCGCGCCGCUCCGCGUCCCCUGACGCCUUCUCUUGCGUGGCGCCGGACCGGCAACCUAGCAAGCAGGCGGGGUCGGCGCCCCAGGAAGGGAAAGAGCGCGAGGGGCCGGCUAACGCCGCCGCCGCCUCCGUCGCCGCUGAGUCAGCGCGAAGCGCGCUCCCCGCGUCGGCGCCGCGCGGGCCAGCUCCAGCAGCCUCAUGGAGAGUGCAGACGGCAGCCCGCGGGCCCGGGCCGGGAGCCUACAACUCCCGGCAUGCACGGGGCAGGCGGCGCUUCCGGGCGCUCGCCGGGCCUGUGGUGCAUGCCGGGAUGGGGUGUCCGGCGCGAGCCCCUCCCGCGCCGCGGAAUCCUGGUGGUCCUGGCCGCAGGAUUGAUGAUUACCCACAAUUUCUGAGUCCACCAGACAGAGAAACCAACCAACAUAUUCGUAUCAUCUAUUCUUCAACUGUUUUGAAAAAAGAGUGUGAAAAAUCAAAAGGUGUCAAGAAAUUCUCAUUUCCAUUUCAUCCAUCUCAUUUCCAUUUAAUUGCCGCUUCUAACAACAAAAAAGUUGAAGAAGAGAUUAAUGGCCCUGUCUUUUGGAGAGGCAAAGAGCCCCGAAGUUUGAAUGAAUCCUCUCUCAGGUACCACCAAGAGGUCAGCACACCAUCCACAGACUCAACCUUCUGUCUUCCUUCAGACCUCAAGGAGCCGUCUCUUCAUGGCCAAAGUGCCUUUCGACCCUUACCCACCCCCUCCAGGAGGAGCUGUCAAUCCACAUCAGCUAUGGGAAAGGUUGUCACCUUGCCAUCUUGCACAACCAACAUGAAAGAACCCAAGGCACUGUCAGAUCACAGCGGUUCUCUAAGUGAAGUCCCUUUAAAGGGCAAUGGGAACGGAAAUGAGUUUUACUCAGGAAAUUCCUCCCUGGCUUCCCCUUUACAGAGCAACCCAAACCUAGAGAAAAAGGCGUUGGAACUUCAUUUGUACAUUAUUUCUACAACCUCAUCGAUAUUUCUGCACUUAAAAAGUUCGUGGACCAAUUAUAUUAUAAAAGCUACUCUUUUACAAGAUCCCCUACGUGCUGGUGAGCUCAGUCCUACCGGAAGUCAAAAGCCAUAUAGAUCUGAGGAGAAAAUUAAGCACUUCGGUCAACUUAAAUCUGAACUUUUCCUUAAAGACAAUACGUUGAGGAAGAUACUUUGUCUAAUUACAGAACUUAAAGUAGCAGCCCAGAAAAACUUCAUUCUGAAAAGGCUUUUCUGGAAAACCAGUGACCUUUUCUAUUUCCUAGUGAACAAACUUCAUGAGUACUUGCCAGAGUCUAGGGAUAAGAGCACACUUCAAAAUAGAAGCCAAAGGGCUGAUGAGCUGGUGGCAUGCAUUGAAAUUAUGCAGACUCUGGGACUGAUGUUCAGAGAAACAGAAACUGAGUCAUCACGCCUAAAGACAUUGGCAGCUAAGAAGGGAGCAUUAUUUAAUCUUUUGGUAAUAUUAAUUAGUGAACCUCAGAUUCCAAAAUCUUGUCCAGUGUUUGAUAUCCAGUUGGUGGCUGAUUCAACUUUAGUUGAGAUGUCUUUUGAUGCUGAGUUACAGAACCUUAUCAAGGAAUAUACAGAUACAGCUACGGCACUUUUAUAUGAGAUAUUUCUUGUCUUUCAGCAGGGAAAUCUUGGAUUGGGACCAGAAGAGUUUGCUAUUAGCUGGAUGAUGUCCUUCCUACAAAGUCGUCCUCCCUUCAUCACCUUCCUGGCCAGUAUUGUGAAACAGGUGGUAAAGGGGCUUGGAGCUUCAUUUCAGCCGCUAAGUCCCAGCCAAGCCGUUCUGCUGUAUCAGCAGUUUUACAUCCUCAAGAGCUGCCUGCAGUACAGCCAGACUUUAGCUGAGUAUAUUAGGAAUGACUACAGAGAAGAAUUCAGGUAUUUUAUUCACAUGCCAGCCUUGGAAAAAAGGCUCCCAUUGUGGUAUCCUAUUACCCAACCCACCACUCAACUUUUUCAUGAAGUUCUGAAAUUGGUUGAACAGAAACAAUGUGUGGAACGUUAA